AUGGAUUACCUGUGGAAGACUGUGCUUCUUCGCACCUUUGGAUUCAUAUUAUGGGCCUCUUUGAGUGCUUGGUUGUUUUCUUUUGUGGAAUAUACGGAAAAAGAUGACAAAAAAGAAAAAGAUCACUUGUUAAAGUCCCUGUACAUUUCCAUGGCAUCUAAAUUCAAUAUGACCAUCAAGGAAUUUAAUAAUUUUUCCAGCAUUGCGCAUGAAGCUCUGAGCCAACCUAAACCACGGUGGACGUAUUUUGUUUCCUUGGAAUUCGUAUUACAAGCUUUGACUACCGUAGGUAAGGAAUAUCUUCUCGAAAUGAGACUCAGCAAACUUGUGUAAGAACAAGGAAAAAUGGCGAUUUCAUUCGUAAAAAGAAUCAGACCAUCAUGAGCUAAAGUAACUUUGUCAAUCGAAGGGUUUGUGUCUGCAUGGAUGAUAAUUGAUGCACAGGAUGAAGAAAUGGAAUCACUUCUCCAGUUAGAAUAUAUUAUUGACUCGGUGACGAGUUGUGCACCAUGAAAAAUUUCUUACAAUCUUAGUACUAUUGGCCAAAUUAUUCAUGACAAAAAUACCUAGGAGAAGUAGCUCGAAAGAUUACUGCUACGAAUCAAACAGGUGCGGUGUCAGGGAAUUGAAAAAUUAAAAAAAUUAUAUUAAUCACCCUUAUGUUUUGUAUAUGAUAAUUACCCCGAUGAUAAAGAACAAGUUAAAUCAGUAGCAAGUGGCGAACUGAUUACUGAAGCUCAUGAUUUUUAACCCAUGAUUACUUAAUUUCAUCAGAUAAGGUACAGUGCAGAUAAUAACUUUGCAUUUUGUUAUUUGCAGGCUAUGGAUACGUCACUCCUCAAACACCUGCUGGUCAGAUAUUGUGCAUUUUUAUUUGUCUUCUUGGGAUUCCCAUUACAUUACUCGCGUUGAAGUCUGUUGGCGAUUUAAUGGCCAAACUUGUCAACGCGCUUGUAACAAAGUUUGAAAGCAAACUUUUCAAAAGAGCGCAUCCGGAAAAAGUAGAAACAAAGAGCGCUGUGAUCCUCUUUUUCCUGAUGGUGAUAUUUAUUGUGGCAAACGGCCGGUUAGUUAUGAGUACACAAGGUUGGACUUUUGUUGAAAGUGUGUAUUUCUGGUUCGUUACGCUGACUACAAUCGGUUUUGGUGAUUACGUUCCAGAGAAACGAAAGUUCCACUCGGAACAACGCACCAGAAAAGGUUUUUUCCGUAUGCUCAUGACUAUUUAUGCAAUGAUUGGCUUAUGUGUUGUUUCAAGCGUAAUCAAUUCCGUCAUGGCGGCUAUGGAGGAAUUGAAGUUCCAUCGUGCCUGUCCCAUGUGUGCCUCUAGAAAAACCCGGGAUGAAGUGAACAAUGCGGAGCCUAACUGCACUCCAAAAAGGCAAGAAAAUGGCACUGAAAACAUGUGCUACUUAACUGAACUGUAACUGACUGUUUAUCAGCAAUGAAAUCUGCUUGACAUCAAAGUUGCACAUGAAAGCCCUGGCGGAGUUUAGAAAAACCUUAUUUUCCUUUAAAAUUUCUCAAAAAGAAGAAUCAUGAUGGCAGUGAUUCUCUAACCAGUUUUACCUGCUAAUGACAUUAUGUCGAAGGAACCAGACUGAAAUAAGAGUAAAGUUAUUCAUUCGGCUUUUUCUUUCUUUAUCAACGAGGAAACUAAGAGAACUCUCUCUUUCUUUAGUCGUUCGUGGUGACGAUGCAGCUAGGAUUAUUUGGUUACGCACAUUUUUUUUCUCAGCUUUGAAUAAAUUUGAAAAUUAAACAAAGCGCUUCUAAAAGAAAAGGACCCUGAGGGCUACUUAAAAUAAAAGUACCAUGUUUACUUGUUGAAGGAUUCUCCUUGAUGUGUGUUGUCCCGCGGCAAUAUUUCCCUCGCAGUACAGAUGGGAAAAUAUGACAACAUUGAAAGUUCCUCUUGCCUAGAAGCAACUGAAAUAAAAUGUUGAUAGUGAAGACUUGUCAAGGACAGGAUGUGAAAUGAGGACAACUUGACACCUUUGAAUUAAAACAAUACCUAAAAAAAAUUGACAAUGAAACAAUACACAGAUCGAUGAUGACAAUGAAGAGGAAUAAGUUCAAUUGUGAAAUUCUUACACCUGCCAGUUUAUCCUCACAUGAGGGAUUGACAAGUCUUCCAUACUUAUAUAAAUAAUUGACAAUUCUGUCCUGACAAGUGUAAUUACUAAGAACGUGAACAUGACUUGACAGAGACGAGAACGAAAAAAGUUGUGUUCAUAUCGCUUUUAACCACUGUUCAGAAAUAUCAGUUGAGGUUUUCUUGAAACUGCUGUCGAGGUGUUUUUGGUUGAAAAAGUCAAUUAACAGCUGGUUGAGCUGGAGGUAAUAUAUUCGUUUUUCCAUUCAUAGCCUUAGAGAAAGAAAGGGAGAAAAUCCCUUUCUUUAAAUAAGUUCCCAAAUGAAACUUAAUGUUGGGCUUCAUAGUUUUUUAUUGAUUUGAAUUUUUUUAAAACAUUUGAAUGUCUCUUGACCUGCAUUCAUUAUAGCAAUCAUUAUCCAAAGAAAGAGAAAAAAAUCAAUUUUUAUGGGAGAUUAUUGUUUCAGAUUAUGAUAGUGAACAGGCCAAAGAAAAUAAAAAUUCGACUGGUUUAAAAAAUUUCAGCCACAAUAUAAAUAAAAGGAUGUAAAAAUUAAUUUCUGUGUUAAUCAAUUUUCAAAAUUCAUGAAAGUUCAUUUAAAGAAGUUCAUUGUUCGGUCAAUUCUCGCAUAGCUUAUCUAACGUACGCCAGCUGCAUCAUCAUUUUACGUUCACAAGCUUACAGUAAUACGCAAGACAUGUCAUUCAAUACUAUUUUGAUAUCGCCUUGCCAGGGAACGUCGAAAAAAAGCCUGUGAACAGCUUCGUACUGAAUGAAUCUCAUACGAGACCUUGAUAACUCUCAGAGUAAGUGAUAAUAAAUGUGAAAGUGUAAACAGAAAGAUUGCUUAAUAAUGUUGGUGUAUAGAGUAAUGCCCUUGUGAAGAGAAACCUUAUCCGAUUUUACUUAUUGUAUUAAACCACCGUAGCUCGUCUUUUGGAUAGGUGAAAAGACGAAAACCUCGGCGAUAUCGUUAACUGGUGUCUUCUAUAGUUUUAGCAAAUUGUAAUUCUCAGUUCGUAUGCAGACAAACAAAAAAGGGUUCUGGACAACAAUAAAAACAAUCUAGAGCGAAGGAGUCGAUGAUAAUAGAGGAAGCUCAUUUAUAUUUUAAUUAUAUUUUAUAUUUUUACCAUAAUUCAAUCAGGCUAGGGUGCUUUUUGCCGGCCGGUUGUAAUUACCACAUGGGAAAACUCACACAAGCAGAAUGAUUUCCUUUCCUAAUAGGAGAGAUGAUGGAAUAAGUUCCCACGUUCUUCUCAGGGAGGAAGCGCAAACGGCAGUGAAUGUAAGGUCUAUGUCAACUUGAUGAUGCUUGAAAUCAGUUCUAAGAUUUGCAAGUAAGAACUUAGAAACCCCAACCUAAUUUUUAGGAUUUGACUUCUACCGAGCUCAAGCUGCUGAUUGUCGUGUCCAGAGAUUAACGCUGUAAUCCAGUAAUCCAGCUUACACCGAUCAUCUUCAACAUGAACUCACUUUUGAAGAAAGUACUUCUUCGAACCUUAGGCUUCUCCUUGCUAGUCUUUCUAAGUCCUUUGCUAUUCAUUCAAGUGGAGUACACAGAGAAGGACGAUAAACUGGAAAAAUAUCAGUUGUUAUCCUCUUUGUACAAGUCCAUGGAGUCUAAAUACAACAUGUCUCUUGAAGAAUUCAACAAGUUUUGCGGCGUUGCGUAUGAAGCUUUAAGCAUGCCUAAGCCAAAGUGGACCUAUAUUCAUGCCUUUGAUUUCAUUGUGCAGACCGUAACCACUAUAGGUAAAUAUGAGGCAGAUAUGCAUCUGUUUUUUCUGCCGACUAUGUUCAUUCUUGUGUUAUAUCUGAUUUUUAUCGACUAGGUCAUGUUUGACAAUGUGAGGUACGUCUCCUUUACACUUCUUGAAACAUCAUAUGGGAACAAACUUUUUUCUUCCUCCCAAGACAGAUAUGCCCUAAAGGAGCUUGCAAUAAUGUAACCCCGGAAAACACUACCCAACAGAAUCGGAAAGACAUCUCAAGGAAAUAGGAUUAUUUUAUAGAGCCGAACAAAGCCUUGUGGAAUCUUCCAUGUUGCUCAUUAACCCUUCUCUUACUUAAGACUACCUAACUACGCAGACCAAACUAUGCAUUUGUAAAGUAGAAAUGUUUGAAUUCUCUGAUAAGAGAGGUUUGACGAUUCUCUUACUUUCCUAGAGCACCUACCUUCCUCUGACAAUCUUUCCCUGCAUUUUUGUCGUUGCCCUGAAUUCUGAAGGCACGUGCAUAGGAGGAGCAAUCACCUAGUUACGAAGAUCUAUACCCUAAGAAUUAAUCCAUAAUCCAUUUUCUCGACAGGUUAUGGAUACAUUACCCCUCAAACUCCUGAAGGUCAGAUAUUGUGUAUCUUCGUGUCUCUACUUGGAAUUCCAAUAACCUUGCUCACGUUGAAUUCCGUCGGCGAGUUGAUCGCCAAACUGAUCAGCAAAAUUCUCACCAAAUUUGAAAGGAAAUUCCUCGGAAGACCAGAGCCGAAACAUGUUAAAAUUAAGACCGCCGCUAUUUUGGGAUUAUCUAUGAUAACAAUCAUGAUGGUGUGUGGCACAGUGUCAGUAAUGAGACAAGAAGGAAGAGAAUCGGAUUGGACUUUCGUCGAAGCAUUGUAUUUUUGGUUCAUAACAUCCUCCACAAUUGGUUUUGGCGACUAUGUAUUUUAUCCACCCAGCUAUAGGAUUAAGAAACUAACGUUGCUUAACUCUACAUACCAAGGAAACGAGAAUGCCGAAUCUUUUCAAGCUUUCCAUAUACCUUCCAGCCUUUUUUUCGUAAUUAUAUACAUGUUCAGUCUAAGCAUUGUUUGCAGUGUAAUAAAUUCCAUCAUGGCUGCCAUCGAGGAGAGCAAAUGUCACCCUCGAUGUGUUGGAUGUUUUACGAACAAAACACGAGACUUCCAUGAAAACACUGAGCAACAUGGCCAGAACCACGCAGCAAUGUCUUGAGUUCCAUAGUAGUAAGAUUUGGAUAAGGAUUUUCGUUCUUCCUCUCGAGCCUUAAUCAAUCCAUAACAGCGAAACACUUGAGCACCGCAUGUUUCCUUAUGUUCGGAGGUCAACGUUCCUGAAUCUCUCUAGCGCUCUUGGAGCCUAAUAAGCCGAAAUCUUGGGAUCUCUUGGAGUGGUAAAAAAGGCAUGAUAUAUUUGAGCAUGAAUGAGUCUAGUGCAGGAUGCACCAACUUUUAAACCCCUGAAAACUGGCAAUCGAGGGGCCGAACUUAGAGAGCGAGGCGAGCGAGGCCCGGAAAAGAUGCUCACAGCUGUACAGCAAUAUAGCAUUUGUGUUAGCAGUACUCUUAACUUUACGCGUCGGUUUCGCUACUCGUCGAGUUCGCUACAUGUUUGCUACUAACAUGCCGAAUUCGCUGCGUCUGUUAAUUCUCAAUUUUAAUUUCUCUUUUAAUCAUAAGCUACAAGCAAUAUCUGUACUUUAUACUCCCAACUGCGUGGCUGCCGUUUUUAGGAGUCAGUUAAACUGGUCAUAUGCAAAUUCCCUUCUAGUUUGCUUUUAACCGCAUCGUUGAUUUUUGUGAUUGUUCCGAGGUUGCGUUUCACAAGUAAACCUGACUGUUGGGUAGAAAGAAUUGGCGAAGUCAACAAAAUUGGAAGCUUCUUUCAUAGAAAUGUCCAACAGUGAGAAGAUGUCAUCAAUAUAUAUCUUCCAGACCAAAGGUUAGAGGGGUUAGCCAUAAAUAUUCGUUUUUCGGAUCAAUAUCAGUAUCUAGGCAACUCCCCAUCUACCCCUACCCUAACCCAACAACAGUCAAUUGAUAACAAGUUAGGGUUAAUGUUGGGCUAAGGGAGGGGUAGUUGGGGAGUUGCUCAGAUACUGAUGUUGAUCCCGUUUUUCUAGGUCUGCCAUAAAAGUUUUUUAUGAUAGAAUAGUAGGAUGAAGUAAGUAGCGAAUUCGGUAUGUAAGUGGCGAACAUGUAGCGAACUCGAACUUAGCGUACUCGACAAGAAGCGAAACCGACUGAUACCCACUCUUAGUAUGGGCAUGUGAUUGUGAGUUUGUGCGUUUAAGACUUAAUAAAAGCAUGCACCUGUCAGGCUUGUAAUAGCCGUGUAUUUAUAAGACCGAUGACUGGCACGGAUUGUCUCACUUGACUUUUCACACGUAUUAAACCUCGCCUCUCUUAUACCCGUUUGGUUAGUAACAACAAAAUUGGCGCGACGUUUCGUGUGAAAAUUGAAAAAUAAAUAUCAAUAUGAAAGGACGCCUAUAAUAUUUAUGUAAACGGUGACGGAAUUUGCUGACCAAAAUUUAGUGAACUUGAACUGAUAUACAGCUUUGCUUAGUAAUCCAUUUCCAACGAGAGGUUCAUUUGUCUCCUUUACUUUACAGGUCAUUAAAUAUUAUUUUUCCGAGGUUACCAAAACACAAAACCAAAACUAAAAAACAAUUGUACGUUGGGUUAUAAUUAAAAAUUGUACCGGUGACGGACAAUAAUAGAUUAAAUUCAAUAUCACAAACAGCUGCCCUUACUGCUGAGUUUUGAUUGUUAUCCAUGGAUGAGGACGGCCAUAGAUAAUUUAGUGAACGAAGUUUUCGUAUAUCCUUUCUCAAUACUUCCAAAUUGGUAAGUCCGUUGGUAAAUUCAGUGUUUAUAUGAAUUAAUGUAACGAAUUAACGAUCUCUUGAAAAGCAUUUUGACUGAGACCAAAAACGUUGGAAUAUCUAAAGUAAAUUUGGCGAUGGAAGGGUUUGUGUCUGCAUAGAUGAUUACUGAUAGACAAAAUUAAAUAAUAGUGUCACUCCUCCUGUUGGAACUUAACACUUACAUCUUAAAUGAGUGAGACGAUGUGUACCGUGAAGAAAUUUCUUACAGUUUUAGUUUAGUUGACCAAUUUAUCCUUAAGCUAGAGAGUAACUCGAAAGAUCAUGGCCAUUAGUCAAACAGGUUUCGUGAAAAAGAAUCGAGCAAUAAUUAACACUUACUCUCCAAAGAGUGGAGGUGGUUUGUUUUAGUAUACACCACGUAAUAACAAAAAAAAAAAACAGUUUAUGUCUUUCAAUAUACCUAAAACUAGUCGGAAAUUAAAUUUCUGAGGCCUUUAAAUUUUUUUAAAGUGAGUGAUGAUAAAUAUGAGAAGGUAAACGUUAAGAUGAAUUGAGUUGGUGUAAAGGGUGAUGUCCUCGUGGAGACAAACCUUUUUCCUUUCUGCUUAUUUUUUCAAAGUAGCAAAACUUUUAUUUAAUAUGGGUGAACAAGAAGAAAACCUUGGUCUUAUCGUUAACAAGUGAAAGAUAUAGUUUUAUCAAAUUGUGAUUUUCAGUUUGUAUGUACACAAACAAAAAAAGGCUGGUUCUGUGAUAAGAUAUUGAUAAUAGUAAAAAUUAUCUGGAGCGAAUGAGCCGAUGAUAAUACAGGAAGCUCAGCUACAAAAUAUGUGAAAAAGUAUUAGGAUAAAGGUUAAAAAAUUAUACUGAUUGGAAAAAAAAAUGUAACAUUGAGCGUAACUAAACGUCUAUCGGAUAUAUCCACACACUGUCAGUUCACUGUACAUGUUCCGUUGUUACGACAUGAUAAAACAUCGAUUUUAGUAAAUUUUUUAGUAAACCUAAAUUGAAAUGUAGUUCCCACGUACUUUGACGAUGCGUUUUUUUUUCAGGAUUUGACUACUAUCAAGCUUAAGCAGCUGAUACGCGUGUCCUGAGAUUAACACAAUAAAACAGUAAUCCAGCUUACAACGAUCACCGUAAUCUUGAACAUGAACUCACUUUUGAAGACAGCACUUCUUCGAACUUUUGGCUUCUUCUUGCUAGUCUCUUUAAGUUCUUUGCUGUUCAUUCAUGUGGAGUACACAGAAAAGGACGACAAACAGGAAAAAUAUCAGUUGUUGUCCUCUUUGUUCAUGUCCAUGGGGUCUAAAUGCAACAUGUCUCUUGAAGAAUUCAACAAGUUUUGCGGCGUUGCGUACGAAGCUUUAAGAAUGCCAAAGCCAAAGUGGACCUAUCUUCAUGCCAUUGAUUUCGUCGUGCAGACUGUAACCACCAUGGGUAAAUAUAAGGCAGAUAUAUAUCCGUUUUUUCUGCCGACUAUGUUCAGUCUUAUGAUAUAUUUUUAUUGACUAGGUAAUGUAUGACAAUGUCAGCGGACGUUCAUUUCCUUUAUACUUCUUGGAACAUUUUAUGGCCACAAAGUUCUUCUUCUUCGUAAAGCAGACAUGCCCUAAAGGAGCUUACCCAAAUGCUUCCCAAUAGAACUGGAAAGUCUGUCUACCAAAGGGAAUAGUGUUAUACCAUAGAGCUCGACAAGAUCUUGUGGAAUCUUUCAUAUUUCUCAUCAACCCUUCCCUUACUUAAAGCUUUCUAAUUGCGGAAAUCACUUUAUGCAUUUCUAAUGAAGGAAUCUUUGAAUGCUCCCACAAAAGCGGUUCGAUGAGCCUUUUAGUUCCCUUAAGCACCGACCUUCUUCUGAUAAUCUUUCCCUGUAUUUUUGUCGUUGCCCUUAGUUCUUAUGUCACGCGUUACUCGAACAAUCACCCAGUUACGAAGAUCUAUACGCUAGCAAUUAAUCCAUAAUCCAUGUUCCCGACAGGUUAUGGAUACAUUACCCCUCAAACACCUGAAGGUCAGAUGUUGUGUAUCUUCGUGUCUCUACUUGGAAUUCCAAUAACCUUGCUCACGUUGAAUUCCGUCGGCGAGUUGAUCGCCAAAUUGAUCAGCAAAAUUCUCACCAAGUUUGAAAGGAAAUUCCUUGGAAGACCAGAGCCGAAACAUGUUAAAAUUAAGACCGCCGUUACUUUGGGAUUAUCUAUGAUAACAAUUAUGAUAAUCUGUUGCGCGGCAUCAAGAUGGCGUCGAGAACGAAGAGGUUUGAGUUGGACUUUCGUCGAAGGAGCAUAUUUUUGGUUCGUAACAUUCUCCACAAUCGGUUUUGGCGACUAUGUAUUGUUCCAACCCAGCUAUAGGAUCAAGAAGCUAACGUUGCCUAACUCUACAUAUCAAAGAAAUGAGAAUGCCGAGUCUUUUCAAGCUUUCCACAUACCUUUCAGCGUUUUGUUUAUAUCUGUAUACAUUUUAAGUCUAAGCAUUGUCUGCAGUGUAAUAAAUUCCAUUAUGGCUGCCGUCGAGGAAAGCAAAUGUCGCCCUCGAUGUCUUGGAUGUUUUACGAACAAAACGCGAGACUCCCACGAAAGUAGUGAGCAAAAUUUUCAGUGUCCUACAUCAAGGUCUUGAGUUCCAUGGUAGCAAGAUUUGGAAAAAGAUUUUUAUCCGUCUUAACAAGCUUUAACCAAAUAGAACAGCAAAACACUUGAGCACGUUCUUUAGUCACCUUAGAAGUCUUGGAAUCUCUUAAGGGGUGAAAAAGCAUGAUAUAUUUGAACAUGAAUGGGUCUUGUGUAAGAUGGACCAACUUUUGAAUCCUUGGAAACUGGCAAACGAGAAGCCGAACUCAGUGCUUGGGCCUAGUCAGCUCUACUACAGAAAGGGUGCUCAUUAGAGCUAUUCAUGAGUAGCAUUCAAGUUAGCAUAGAUUCCUUUAAAAUACCUGAGUAUAGAUUUAAGCCUCCAAAACUUGAUAGAAUGCUUCACCUUUAAUGUGUAAGUAUUCGACUUGAGACUCCCACAGAUUGUGUAAGUUAACUUUUAAUCCGUACGAAACACCUCUUUUAGCAAGAAAUCUCGUACACCCAUUUAUAUUACUCUUAUCAAAUGGCUGCAGAAAACAAUUAAGGUAUGAGAAAGAAAAUCUGAUGUUUAUCAUUCUAUCAUACUGAAUUUUCCUAAAUAACCGGGUCAUGGUAUAAAAGAAUGGUUAGGAACAACAAAAUUGGCUCGAUAUUUCGAGAGAAAAUAAAUAUCAAUAGGAAAGAACGUCUACAAAAUUUAUGUAACAGGUAACGGAAUUAGUUAACAGAAAUUUAAAGAACUUGAACUGAUAUGCAGUUUUAUUUAGUAAUUCAUGUCCAACGAGAGGUUAAUUUGUCUCCUUUACUUUAGAUGUCAUUUAAAAUUAUAUUUCGGUGGUUAUCAAAACACAAAACCCAAACCAAAAAACAAUCGUAGAAAGUGUUUAUCAUCAGUAAUAGUACUCCUGAUACGUUACUCUUAAAUAUAGAAGGAUGCACGUUGAGUUAUAAUUAAAAAUUGUACCACUGACGGACAAAUUGUCAAUCUCAUAUCAAUACCAAACAUAUUUCAUUUUUUAUGUUCAGGAAGUUCUAUUGAGUGGGGUAAAUUCAAUAUCUCAAACAGCUGUCCCCACCGCUGAGUUUUGAUUGUUAUCUAUGGAAUAGGACGGCCACAGAUAAUUUAGUGAAUGAAGUUCUCGUAUAUCUUUUCCCAAUACUUCGAAAUUGGUAAGUUCUUUGGUAAAUUCAGUGUUUAUAAGAAUGAAUGUAAUGAAUCAACGAUCUCUUAUAAAAAUAUUUGAUUGAGACCAAAACUUUGGAAAACUCAAUUAAUUUCGUAUUUUCUGGUUCGAAUCAUAUUCCUUUGAACUCACUUAACAAUCUUUGACUUUAAUAAUUAGUAUUUCUGUUUCUUUUCAUCGCUAAAUAAAUUGAAGAAUGUAAAAUUUAACCAGUAUUCAAACAGCAAAAUGUACCCCUGAACUGUUUUUACCAACUUUUUUAUUACCGCGAUCGUUGCGCCGAGACCAACUCCUUUGAAUCAGAUAUUUCAGCUUUCGUGCUGAAGAAAAACUAGAUACACAUUUUUAACUCGACUAUGAGCAUAAUAACUGUACAUAUUUUCAGAAAUUGUUAUUUUUAUGGUGAGUAAGACCAAGACUUCAACGAUUUUGAUUAAAUUCAAAGUAAGGAUAAAAGGAAAGGAAGGAAAAAAUUACAAAACCUUAAGUUGAAGUGACUUGCCACGCAUAGGUUGUCAAAUAGAUUUUGUGAGGUCCCAUUAGGGGGGUCUGAGUAUCCCGUAUCCCAUUAAUUUUUGGCCAAAAUAUCCCGUAUCCCGUAUCCCGUUCAUUCUUGUGAUUCGUAUCCCGAUAACGCCAGUUACCAUGAUGACGUCAUUGAGCGUAAAAUGUUUGGGUACCUGAUAACGAAAACACAUUUUCCUGGAGCGUUUUGUAUUUCAAAAAGAAAUUACGUGCAAAUAAGACAUCAAGUUUAUCGAUGGUAUGCUCUUAAGUAACAUUUUGUAAAGAAUUGCUAAAGGACUGAGGUGAAUUCAAAGCAAUGAGUCACCGAGAAAGUGGUGCAAAAUGGAAAAAGCCGUGGGGGAGGGGAAGAGUUGAAGAGUUGUUCUUGAACAAGAGCCGAUAUUGGCACCUAUUGACAAUAUUGACAAUAUUUGAUGGCAAAAUGUAAAAAAUCACAUUUGAAAGCAAUUUCUAAUUAUUUGCACCUUCUAUAUUGAUUAAUAAACUUAUUUCAUUAUUUAAAAAAAAAUGAGAACUUCGAUCUUCGAUAUCCCAGAAUCUUUUUUUAAAUACCCCUUAUCCUUUAAUUUUCCGCCCGAAUAUCCCGUAUCCCUGUAAUUUUUUACCCAAAUAUCUUGUAUCCUGAUAACCCCUAAUAGGGCCUCUUAAGUACUUUUUUAGAAGAUUUUGCAUCUUUUGCCAAAGCUGAACAAUAACAGAGUUAGCUUUCCCACGUAAAGGGUUCAGAUGUCCUCAAUCCUGUUGUUUGAUAACAAUACUUUAAAUAAAAGAAGGUGAUGAUGACAAUAAGACGGGUAUGUAUUUCCAUCUCAUGGAAUAAAAAAUCCUCAACCGCUAGGGAGAGACUCAGGCAAUUAUUCAUUUUUUUCUUUGUUGUAUUUAACUUUGAAGUCACAAUUUUAACUUGUACGUGUUCCAUUCUAAUACAAACUGAUUUCAGCACCAUUUUCAUUCUCCGUAUGUUUAGACAAUUAUUUUUGUGAUGUUUUCUCAGCUAACAUUACAGAGAGCUCGAACAGACAAGUGGCAGUUUCCAGACAUGGACCCACUGUUGAAAAAAGUACUGUUGCGAACACUGCUUUACUUGUUAUUUCUCCUUCCCAGCGCUUGGCUCUUUCUGCAAGUGGAGUACACGGAGGAAGACGAGGAAGAAACAAAGUAUCAAGUGUUGCACUCCCUGCAAGAAUUCAUGAUAUCUAAAUACAAUAUAACCACCGAAGAGUUCAUUAACUUCUCUCAUAUCGCACACGAGGCCCUAAGUGAUCCGAAACCUAAGUGGACCUUUUCGUCUGCCCUUGAUUUUGUCUUUCAAGCUUGGUCCACCAUAGGUAAGAAAGGGCGUCUAUCAAGAGAAGUUGAAGAAAUUUUCCCAGUUUAAAGAUUCUUUCUAGGUGUUUUUCUAGAUUAUUUAUAGCAGUGACCUCUCUCGAAUACAGUUAUUUGACACUAAAAGUCCUGUCAAGAAACAGUCGCAAACCCAAAGUAAACAACUCCUCAUAAGUGUUAUUAUGACAGACACCGCCGAUAGCAAUUUUCGAUUGAAUUUCGUAAAACCAAAAGCAAAGCUAUAACAAAGGUCUAUCAGACUAAAACAAGAUCAUGUCUCCAGGGGUCAGCGAGAACUCAAUGUGAAAAUAAGCAAACUCCCUGGAGGGUGGGAAAAACCAGGAGGAGCAAGUCAUGAUUGGCUUUAGUUUCCCAUCUGAUUGGUGGAGAGAUGGAGCAAGUUUUCUGGAACAAUCGCGGUGGGGAGUAAAGAGAACCUAACAUGAUCCUGGAUUUCUGUCCAUCUACACUCCCUUUAAAAUUACUCCACUGUAGAAACCUUUCCUUAAUUUUAUAUGGAGCGUCCUCUGAACAACAGUCUUUCCAAAGCAGUCACCUUCCUGCAAUGAUGUUGUGCGUAAAACAAUCACCUAUGUAAUAUUAGAUUUUUCAAUAUUUCCUUUACAGGUUACGGGUACAUCACUCCUCAAACAUGUUCAGGCAGAAUUUUGUGCAUCAUUGUUUGUUUAUAUGGGAUUCCUAUCACCCUGCUCGUGUUAAAAUCCAUUGGGGAGCUGAUUACCAGCCGUGUUAAUGCCGUAGUCAGACGUUUCGAAAAGAAAUUCUUGAAUAUACUGGAGCCGAAACAUAUUCAAACUAAGACUGCUGUUGUUUUGGUAUCGUCGAUGAUAUUGCUGAUGACGGCAUAUGGAUCUUUGGUACCGUAUCUUUUAGGUUGGACUUUUGACGAAGGAGUAUAUUAUUCUUUUAUAACAUUUUCUACAAUCGGUUUUGGAGACUAUGUUUUACAUACUAAAUCCGGAAUCAAAAGUCUCGAGAGAUUAUUUUCAAAAAACUCCUCAAGGCAGGAAGGAAGCAAAUUUAGAGUAGCUCACUCAGAGGAUACCAUUUACUCGGUUAUCCACAAUGUAUUGGCGUCAUUGUAUUGCAUGUUCGGUCUGUGUGUGGUAUCUGGUGUGAUUAAUUCCAUCAUGACUGCCUUGGAAGAAACGAAAAAUCCCCUCACCCGGCAUGCUACUGGAUGCAUCCCUCGAAAAACUCAUAACCACAUCGGGAUAGAUCUAGCCAGUUGUUCGCAGCGUGAAGAACAUGAAGAAAUGCAACACUCAGACGUUCAAACUGUAGAGGGCAGUCUGUCACGGUCGGUUGCAGAAAUAAAAUAA